AUGGCACGAAAAAAGAAAAAGGUCGGGCGGAAAAUAGCGAGGAGAAAGGUUCAGAACGUAAAGCCAAUGAAAAUUGCUGCGCUGAUCGUGUCUGCUAUACAGGAUCUUCGUGAAACCAAGGGUUCGACGCCUAACAAGAUCAUAGGUUACAUAAGUUAUGCAUCCAAUAUGACCGAGGGACGCGUUAAACGACAAGUAAAAGCAGCGUUGAAGAGGGGCGUGGAGUACGGCAUACUACGAAGACACCGACGUCAUUAUUUCCUUCCCAUGGGUGACGAAUUAGACCGUGCAAAUCGCGUCGCUUUGAGAUUCGCCAAAUUGCCGUUACCUUCAACGUAUUCCGCGAAAUCGAACACGACUUCUUCUCGUAAAAUUACUGCUCUCGGAUGUCGCAGAAACUCGACGAGAUUCGGCGCAAAAUCACAAAAGACGAAACGACUGGCACGACUUCGUUCUACUUUAAUCUCUCCCACGACCAGUUUGGUGGAGACAAUUUGCAAGAACGGCGACAUGUGA